AUGUAUUACGCCGGACUGCAAGCAAAAAUAAAAGAAGCCAAUCCCUUAGCAAAAUUUGUACCAUGCUCUGCGCAUUCCCUUAACCUGGUUGGAACUAAUGCAGUUGAUUGUUGUACUCAAGCCGUUUUAUUCUUCGAUUUACUUCAAAAUGUUUACACGUUUUUCACAGCUUCUACUCACCGCUGGAAAGUUCUAAACGCUUCUGUUAAGGGACUUUCAGAAACAAGAUGGUCUGCUAGAGAUAACGCUUGCCAAUCUCUGAACAAAAACUGGUCUUUAAUUAUUAAUGCAUUAAAUGUAAUAAAUAAUGAUGAUACUAUGAGAAAACACUUACUCGAAAUGAAGCUAGUGGAAUUCUCAACAAGGCCAUCUAAAGAAACAACAGUUGAAUACUCUGAUUUUAAAGUGAAAACUUAUUUUGUUGUACUUGAUCAACUGCGGUCACAACUAGAAAAAAGAAAUGAAAAAUAUGGAAAUCUACUUAAAAAUUACAACUUCUUUUUCAAAUUAACAGAGAUGACAUCAAUUAAAGUCCGAAAGAAUGCUGAAAUACUACAAAAUGAAUAUAAAGAUGAUCUCAGUACUUUAUUUGCUAAUGAAUGUGUUCAUUUUAGGAGCCACUUAUUAAGUAUCGGUGACGAGGCUCCUAAGACUAUCCAGGAUAUGUGUGGUGUUUUGAGAAAAAAUGAUUUAAUAGGAAUGUACCCUUAUAUAGAUGUAUCUCUCAGAAUGCUUUUAUGUACUCCUGUAAGUAAUUGCUUGACCGAACGGUCAUUCUCAUGUUUAAAACGUGUCAAAACAUAUCUGAGGUCUUGUAUCUCAGCAGAGAGACUCAGUGAUUUAGCUAUUAUGAAUAUAGAAUUUGAUGUAACAGCUAAAAUUGAAUUUGAUGAUAUUAUCAAUGAAUUUGCUACACUACAAAGUAGAAGAAAAAUUUAG